AUCCAUUCGAAUAAAUAGGUGAGCCAUCAUCACUGAAAUUCAGACCUGGCUGUUUGUGGCAGUAGCAAACAUGAAGAUCUCUCUGGCUUGUCUGGUUUUCGGCCUUUGCGCUUUGGCCAUCGCUGUUCCUGUUGAAGAGCCCAAAUACAAAGUUGCUUCUAAAGAUUUUCUAAAGAAGCAAAAGGAAAUUUUUGAGCUUUACAAGUAUGUGAACCAGCCCAGUUUCUAUAAGGAGCACGUUGAAUUCGCUGAAAAAUUCGACUUCCAGACAUACAAGACUCACUUUACUAAGCCAGAGGUUUGGCAGAAAUUCUACGACUACUACCAUUACCAAGAAUUCUUGCCCAAGGGCGAGAUUUUCUCCAUCUUCAACUACGAACACCAACUCCAAGCUAAGGUCCUUUUCGACAUCUUCUACUACGCCAAAGACUAUCAGACCUUCUACAACUUCGCUGUUUGGGCCAGGCACUACCUUAACGAAGGGUUGUUUGUUUACACUUUCUCUGUUGCGAUUGUACACAGACCUGAUACUUAUGGUAUUGUUAUUCCUCCAAUCUACGAAGUUUACCCCUACUACUUCUUCAACAGCGAAGUUAUUCACAAGGCUCAGUACUACAAACAAGUCUUCAAUGAGAACCACGAACACAAAGAUGGAUAUUACAUCUGGGCUAACUACACUGGAGAUUAUUUGAAUGUUCAUCCUGAACAAUCUAUGUCUUACUUCUACGAAGAUGUAGGCUUGAACACUUACUACUACUACUUCAAUUUGUAUUACCCAUUCUUUUUGGAUGCUAAAGAAUAUGGUUUCGCCAAUGACAAACAAGGACAAUUGUACUACUUCUUCUACCAACAAUUUUUGGCUAGGUACUACUUGGAACGUUUGUCCAACGAUUUCGGUGAAAUCCCUUACUUCAGUUGGCAAGUACCAUUCGAAACUUACUACACACCGUCUUUGACCUACCACAAUGGACUUGAAUUCCCAUCCAGACCGAAGUUCGCUCAUUUGUACGAGUACUUCUACAACUACGGAGAAUCCUGGACCUUCAAGUCUAAAUACGGUUACAGUUACACCUACGCCACAGAAUACGAGCAACGCAUCCACGAAGCUAUUGAUUUCGGUUACGCCUUUAACAAACAAGGUGAAAAGGUAGACUUGUACUCUGAAGAAGGUUUCAAUAUCCUCGGCAACUUGAUCCAAGGCAACCCUCAAUCACCACACCCUCAAUACUACGGUUCUAUCAACCAAUUUGCUCGUCACUUGUUGGGUUAUGCCUUCCAACCCUUGGACUCUCACCAUUUGGCUCCUUCCGCUUUGGAACAUUUCGAAACAUCCCUACGUGACCCUGCCUUCUACCAAUUGUACAAGAAGAUUAUCUACUACUACUUCAGAUACAUCUCCCACCUCCCCUACUACACCUAUGAACAAUUGAACUACCCAGGUGUUGAAGUCACAAAUGUUAAAUUCGAUCGUCUCAUUACCUACUUCGAUUACUUUACUGCCGACAUCAGCGCUGCCACUUACUUCAACGAAGAAGAAUUCCACAAGGACAACUUCCACGUGUACGCCAAGCAAGAGCGAUUGAACCACAAACCAUUCAACUACGAAGUUACUGUCAAAUCUGAGAAACAAAGCAAAGCUGUAGUGAAGAUCUUCUUGGGUCCUAAGUAUGACGAAUAUGGACGCUACAUCAACAUCUCUCAGAACGUCUUCAACUUCGUUCUGUUCGACUACUUCACUUACGAUUUGGUGGCUGGAGAAAAUGUCAUCAAACGCAACUCUGACAGCAACCACUUCUACGGACCUGACAGGGAAUCAUUCUACAAGUUGUACAAACAAGUAGAAGAAGCAUACAAGGGACAAGGCGAAUACAAAAUCUACGGCAACCAACAGUUCUACAACUUCCCCAAGAGAUUUAUGUUGCCAAUGGGCAAGGACUACGGUAUGCCAUUUGAGUUCUUCGUCUUUGUCUACCCCUAUGAAGAAUAUCAUGGUGAACAUCAACCCAUGGGAGAGUACUAUUACCCACAUGUAGGAAGUGGUGCUUUCUACUUCGACAAGUAUCCUUUGGGAUAUCCGUUCGACAGGUUCAUCCACUUUGAGAAAAUGUGGUAUGACUUGCCCAACGCUUACUUCUACGAAGCCAAGAUCUACCACAAGACUUACGACCAAGUUCACGGACACUAAUUCAGUUUAUGUAGUUUUGUCGAAUAAUAAAUAUUUUUGAGUAAGAA